CCAGGCGAGUACAUCAAGACCUGGCGGCCCCGUUACUUCCUCCUCAAGAGCGACGGUUCCUUCGUCGGCUACAAGGAGCGGCCGGAGAGCUCCGAGCACGGCCUCCCCCCCCUCAACAACUUCUCCGUGGCCGAGUGCCAGCUGAUGAGGACGGAGCGGCCGCGCCCCAACACCUUCGUCAUCCGCUGCCUGCAGUGGACCACGGUCAUCGAGAGGACGUUCCACGUGGACACGCCCCAGGAGCG